AUGUCCCCAUCCGUUCUCUCCUCGGAGAGCGUCGAGAUUCUCGACAUUCGUCAGAAUGACAUGGCGUUUUCGCUUGCCGACACCAUCUACAAGAGUCUCAAUCCGCCCGAGGGACAAGCGCGCUCAUUUCCCACCCUUCUGCUCUACGAUACCGAGGGCCUCCGUCUUUUUGAGAAGAUCACAUACUUGGAGGAAUACUACCUGACCAACACCGAGAUCGAGAUUUUAACAACACAUGCAAGGAGAAUUGUUGAGCGCAUCCCGGAUGGUGCACGAAUAGUGGAACUUGGCAGUGGAAACCUCCGGAAAGUCAACAUACUGCUGCGGGAAUGCGAACGGGUAGAGAAACACGUGGAUUAUUAUGCGCUGGACUUGGAUCUGGCGGAGCUGCAGCGGACUUUUUCGGAAAUCUCACCAGAGGGUUUCACAAAUGUUAGACUGCACGGUCUGCACGGCACGUACGACGACGGGCUUCUGUGGCUGCAGAAGCCCGAGAACCGCGAAAGGCCGACGGUUGUGCUGUCACUGGGAUCAUCCAUAGGGAACUUUGAUCGGCCUGCAGCGGCGAAGUUCCUUGCUAACUUCUCCAACGCUUUGAAACCAUCGGACUAUCUCUUGAUCGGCUUAGAUGCUUGUCAAGAUGCGGAGAGAGUCUUCCAGGCAUACAACGAUUCAGAGGGAGUGACACGUCAAUUCUAUGAGAAUGGCUUGAAACACGCUAAUCAAGUUCUCGGGUAUGAGGCAUUUAAGGCUGAUCAAUGGGAUAUCGUCACUGCAUGGAACCCCGAUCUAGGCUGCCACCAGGCUGCGUACUCUCCCAGGUGUGAUGUGACUAUCAACGGGACCGUGAUCCGCAAAGGAGAGAAACUCGGGUUUGAAGACGCUUUCAAGUAUUCUCGUGAGCAGCGGGAUGAACUGUGCCGAAAGGCGGGCCUGAUUCCUCAGUUUGAGUACGGGAACUCGAGUGACAACUAUCAUCUACUGAGUAUGCAGCGUCUUCCGUUCCUCUCCGUCAAAGACCUGCAGUCUCUCUGGACGGUAUGGGAUAUCGUCACUAAGACCAUGAUCCCGCGAGAAGAACUGCUCUCGCAGCCAAUAAAGCUUCGAAACACUUUGAUUUUCUACCUCGGUCAUAUUCCUACCUUCUCUGAUAUACAUAUGACCAGAUCCUCGCGGGGAAAACCAACCGAUCCCAAGUACUACCAGCAAAUCUUCGAGCGUGGGAUUGACCCAGACGUAGACGACCCAGAACAAUGCCAUUCUCACAGUGAGAUCCCAGACGAAUGGCCUCCACUGAUGGAAAUUUUGGAGUAUCAAGAGCGGGUUCGGGAUCGAGCUCGUUCAUUGGUCCAGAAAUACCACAAAUCGAAGGACCGCACUCUCGGCGAGGGAAUCUGGAUUGGAUUUGAACAUGAAGCGAUGCAUCUGGAAACCUUCCUCUACAUGCUUUUACAGAGCGACAAAGUACUUCCACCUGUUGGAGUGGACGCUCCCGAUUUCUUGAGCAUCGCUCAAGAGGCAAAGAGAAUCGAGAAGCCCAACCAGUGGUUCCGCAUCCCCAAGCAGACCGUCAAGAUUGGAUUAGAUGACUCGAACGAUCAUGCGGACCCCAAAGAAUCAUUCGGUUGGGAUAACGAGAAACCCCGACGAAAAGUCACCGUCCACUCGUUCGAAGCGCAGGGCCGACCAGUCACCAACGGCGAGUAUGCGAAAUACCUCGAAGCCAAUCGGCUCCAAUCUAUGCCCGCCUCUUGGAUCCUCUUGAAUGGAGAGCAGGAGUAUCCGCCAGCACAGGAUAUCAAUCGAUCCAGCCCCGGUGCCUCCGACCGCUAUCUCUCUAGCUUCGCAGUGCGCACUGUCUUUGGAGCCGUCCCUCUGGCCCUUGCACAGGACUGGCCGCUAAUGGCCUCAUUCGAUGAGCUGGCUAACUAUGCUAAAUGGAUGGAAUGCCGGAUCCCGACCUUCGAAGAGGUGCAGAGCAUUUAUGCGUACGCAGACCAGCUGAAGGGUUCAAAUGGUCUCUUAGACAACCACAGCAAUGGCAGUAAAGAUGUUCAAGAACCCCCCAUUUUUAGGGACGUGGCUGGAUGCAACAUUGGAUUCCAGAACUGGCACCCUGUCCCCGUAACUCCUCACGGCGAUAAACUUGCCGGCCAAGGAGAAAUGGGCGGGGUGUGGGAGUGGACCAGUACUCCGUUGGCAGCUCAUGAGGGGUUCGAAGCCAUGGAGAUUUAUCCGGGCUACACAUGUUCGUUCCCCCCCCGCCUCCCCACACAAUCCGUUCGCAUGUACCCUGAACUCGAGGCUAAUCUUUAUACAGCUGAUUUCUUUGACGGCAAGCACAACAUCGUCCUCGGAGGCUCGUGGGCGACUAUUCCCCGAAUCGCAGGACGCUCCACCUUUGUCAACUGGUAUCAGCAUAAUUACCUCUAUGCAUGGACGGGAGCACGGCUGGUACGGGACUUGGCUAAGUAG